UUUAGGGAAAUAGUAUCUUGCUCUUUAUCCAAUGAUUAAAACAUCUGAGCCACGCUACAGACCUUUAACGAGAGUUGAGACUACAAACCUACUCAUCACCAAUAUGUCUAUACAGGAUGUCCCCGGUCCCGCGGAUUUCUGCACAAGUGCUGCUGUCGGUGUUGGGCAUCGACAAGCCCAAUCAGGUGGGGGCAGAUGCUGGCGAGGCAGAGCAAAGAGCAAGGGGCGUAAUUGUUGCUUCGAACUUUGUCAUGACCAUUGAUCAGAAGCGAACACUUUUAUCUACCUGUCCAUAUCAACUAUGAUAUGAACAUACCUCCCCGCUGACAACUCGCACACAUGGCUCCACAACAACUUCAGUUAAGCAUCUCUGUCGUGGUGCAAAGACUGUCCAGUGAAUUGUCUGGUCAGUCGGUAAGAGAGUUAAGACGCUGUUCCGAAUACCAUCUGCACCGAAACUUUCGUAAACCAAUCAGACAAUACCAACUACUCUGAUCGUAACUUCAACUAUUUUUUUUAAGUGCACGCAGGAGUUUGCGGCAUGUUCAAAGAAGGGAAACUGACUUCUUCAAUUUUUAGUUUUGCGGAAAACCAUGGCGUGUCGUCCUCCACUCUGGUGGACUUCAGCACCAGAAUUACUUGGUCCAUGCUGGACCCAAAAGACGGAAGAACUGUCAGGAAUGUGUCCACGGUACCUCUCGGUCUGUCACUGCCGUACAACCACGGGGUGUAUCUGCCGCAGCAGUACCCGCAGGACAGUUUGGAAGGCAUCCCACCAGCAACCAGAAAGCCGAAGACUUUCACGCCGAUUUUGCUCUACCAGCGCCCCGAGGAACCGCGCAAGAUUGCAUGCAAUAUUGUCAAAGACAUUAGCAAGAGUGAUGAUGGUAAAACAUUCUGCGGAGAAAACAGUACUAGUCUCACUCUGAUCACUCCUGAGGAAAUGUCCCGUAAAAGAGGUUUUGGUGACGGUUCCCGAGGCAUCGCGCUUCCUAAACUCUGGGAUAUGCAUUCGUCGUAUGGCAGAUUUGCACCCUACCAUACAUUCGCAAAAACUUUUGCUGGCUCACAUACCAGCAGCCCAGCUGAUUUCUCCAACCCACCCGGAGUGUCCGACCCACGUCUGGCCAUUUCAGACGGGCAGAAAUCGCCGGGAUCUCGCUACUCUGGUUCAGAUCACAUACCCAUGUCGCUGAUUUCCACCCUGACACGUCACCAGCAGCAGGCGGAGCGGGGAUCCGCCACCGAGAUUCGACGCGCUCUGCUUCUGAACCACCCGGUUAUCAGCAGCCCCAUCACGAGGGGCUUACCUCUGGAGAAAACCCAGCCCUCGGAGCUACACGGCACCUGCAGCGUUGCGUAUCACCGCGAUACUUCACCUCACCAACAGGAAGUCAUCACAUGCAAGAGCACGAACUCCUUCAACUCUCCAUUUUCUCUUCAGCCGAAAGUUUCAAGCUGGUCGGCGUCAGCCCCGUCUGAGUUUUCCGAUUUAUUCGCUCGCAGCAGAAAUGGUGUGGUGCCGAGUUGUGAUGGGAGAUACGAAAGCUUUCUGCAACUUCUUUAUUCAAAGGAUUAUCCAGCUUUGUCGGAUGCAGGUAGUGGCGAAUGUGCCGCAGACUGUAGCGCCUCCACGAUCGAGCAGCUGCCGCAUCCGGUGAAGGAGAGCUUGCUGCAUACGGCAGCCGCUCACAUGCUGCAACGUUCGUUCGGUCUGCACGCUUCACUGCUGCGUGGAGGGGCGGGAGACGCAGACGACAGGGACAAUCGUAAACACAAGUGCCCCUUCUGUGAUGUCACCUGCACAAACAACGGCCAGCUAAAAGGACAUCUUCGUGUCCACACCGGAGAAAAACCUUUUCAAUGUGAAUGCGGACGGUCGUUCGCCCGCAACGAGGAGCUGACCAGACAUCGCAGAAUCCACUCCGGCCUCCGUCCACAUCAAUGCUACGCCUGUGGCAAGCGUUUCGGACGUAAAGACCAUUUGAACAAGCAUCAGAAGACCACCUGCGAACUGCGAGAAAAAAAUUCACCUGUGUCAGGUGAAGGAUGUCGCCAGCGCUACACUCGCUCUGACGCCCUGGCGCGUCAUCAGUGGGAGCACACGGCAUUCGAGCCAAGACGUCGAGGUGCAGAUCAGCGCCCUCUACUGGCUCCACGUGUCGGUGACGUCCCCUGCACAGUGCGUAGCUCGGGUUUUGAACCCACCGCGAUCAGCAGGAAGCUGAGUCAGCAAGGGUCCAGCGUUAAGUGA